AUGUCCUCAAUUUUCAAAUAUGAAUUAUUAAAAACUGAGGGUACAUGGAAAGAUCGUCUCAAAUAUAUUAUAUCGUUAUCGGAUAAAACUGAAAUAGAAAAACAUUUGAAGCAAUCAUUAUCUUAUGAUGAUUUACAAAUGUUAGUAUUUUUAUCAAAAUCAACAAAAAAUGAAAAAAAUUUAUUAGAAAUAUUCAAAACAGAUUCAUUACCAAUAAGACAACGAACUAUUGCUGCAAAAGGUUGGCUUAAAAUUCAAAGAAAUGAAAAACAAAUUUAUGAAUUUAUUGUUGAAACAAUCAAUGAUAAAAAUAUUGGUCGAUUUCUUAAAAAUCAAAUAUUAGAAAAUCUACAUCAAAUUGAUUGUUUAAAAAAAUCUUCAUCAUUUUUUUAUAAUCUUGUAUAUCAUUUAACUGAAUCAUAUCAUCAUGAUCAAUAUAAUCUUGAUGCUUAUUUAGUACCAUUUUGUUCAAAAGAUCAAAUAUUAAAUCUUCUAUCACGAUGGUCAAUUAAACGCUUAGAACAAAUUGAUUCUUCAUCUUUAUUUCGUUCAAAAUUAAUUUACUAUCAACCUUUGAUUGUUAUUCAUUUAAUUCAAUGUGAUUUAAAUGAACACAAAAGCAAUAAUGAAAAAUUUUUAAAUUAUUUUCAAGAAAACAAUAGAUUAUUAUCAUCACUUGCAAAAAAAGAAAUAAAAGCAAUAUUUCAUUUAACAAUUGAAUAUAUUAAUCAAUUAGAAAAGCACAAAAGAUUUUUACCUCAUUUUAUUGCAUCAGAGCAAAAAUAUUUUUUUAAAAAAAUGCCAAAUGAAAUGAUUGAAUUAAUUACAAUUAUUGCAUCAAAUCAACCAGGUUCAAUUAAAUAUCAAACAUUUUGGAAUGCUGAGGGUAUCGAUCUCGAUGGAUUUGUAUUUCCUCGUUCAUUUUCUCUUGAUCAUUAUGUUCGUCUAUUUAUUGCUUUAUAUGAUACAUGCAAAUGGUCAUCAAAUCAUACAAUUCGUCUUCUUGAAUAUAUGUUAAAAAAUAGCAAACAACAUUUAGGUCUUUAUAGUAGUCGAAAACAACGAAAAUGGUUAUUUGAUAUUGUUAUUCAUGAAUGUAUUGGAAAAGAAUUAUUUAUAGAGAAAUUAUUAAAAGAAGGAAAUGAAAAAACUCUUACAUUAUUCGAAGAAUAUGCUGAAAUAACUACAUCACUUUCUCUUCAUUUAAUAUCUCAAUAUGAAAUAAAUAAAAUUCUUUCUAUAAAACAACGUUUAUCAUUAAUUCGUUAUCAAUUAAUGACACAAAAUAUAUAUGAUCAAUUUUUAACUUUAUUUAAUCAAACAAGCUCAAGUAUACAUCAACGAGAACAAAAUUAUAUUCUUUUUCUUCAAUGUGCUUUUUCAACAAAUGAUGAACAAGUUAAAAAUAUUCUUCAAUGGAUUCAAAAACGAUUUACUAAUGAACGACUUCCUAUUAUUGAAACUUUUCUAUGUAAUUUAUCAGAUUAUAAUAAUCGUUUUCAACUUAAAAUUUUACCAAAUAAUUUUGAAACCAUUGAAGCUAUUAUUGAACUUGCUCUUAAUCAUCUCCAACAAUCUACAAAUACUCUACAAAUUAUUAUUAAUUAUGGAUUAUUAUUACUUACACGUGUUGAAUAUCAUCCAAAUAAAGAACAAAGAGAGAAAAUUCAAAUAUUUGCUUGUAAAAUCAUCAAGCGAUGCUUCUCAAUGAAGAAUGGUCUUAAACUUCAGAUUCAUUCAUUAUCUGAAUCAUAUCCCAUAGCACGUAACCUUAUAGCAGAUAUUCUCAUUGCUGAUGUGUUUCCGAAAUUGCUUUCGAAAUAUAUGUUAGAUGAAUUAAAUGAUUCAAUACGUUCUUAUUUGCCAAAAUCAUGGCGUUUACCACAAAUCGAUUCAUUUAUUAAUUCAUUCUUUAUUGAUUAUCUUCCUUCAUCAAUAACACUUCAAACAGUAUUUCAAAUUGAUACACACAGUUCAAUUAUUUCAUUAUUUUUAAAAAAACGUUCAACACAAUUUGAACGUAUUAAUCAAUUGAUUACUAAAAUAGAUAAGAUUUUUUUUAUUAAUGAAAUUGUUCAAUAUAUUGCUUUACGUUCUCAACAACAUCGACAAUUAAUAGAUGAAUUAAUUGAAGAUAAUAAAUGUGUUACAUUAGAAAAACUAUCAAAUGAAGAAACUAAAUUUGCAAUAAAUUUGCAAUCUCAAACAAAGAAUAUUAUAUUACCAGGAUUAAAUAUUAAUAUUUUAAAUUGUUCUUUUCAUUACUUGACUGGAAAACAACAAGAACAUAUUACAAAAAUUAUUUUACAUGAUUUUCUUCAGAAUAAAGAAGUAACUAAUCUAAAGAGAUUAAAAGCAUUACAUGUUCUUCGUCAUUUUACAUAUACAUAUAAUAAAUCUCUUCAAUGGUUUGAUGAAAAACAAAUAUCUUCCUUAUCAUUAAAGUGUAUCAAUAGUACUGAUAUUGAUCCACUUGAUCAUAUAAUUAUAUGUUUACCAAUUACUUUUGAUUUAAAUACUCAUGAUUUACUUAAACAAUUUCAUUUCUUAAAAAUAAAAUUAAACGCAUCAAAUGCUAAAUAUAUUAGUGAUGCUAUGUUAACUAUUUCACGUAGACUACCUGAAGAAAUAUUUUUAAAACAUUAUCUUGAAUUGAUUGGUAAUGAAGAAUUUCAAAAACUUGGUAUAACAGCAAAUAAAGAAAUUCUUCGUUUAUUAAACGAAUAUGCAUCUGAUUCAAGUUUGAUCAUGUCUGUUAUAAAACCUUUAUGGGAUAGUCGACCUCAUCAAGAUGUUCGUGCUUGUCUUAUUUUAACACUACUUAAUUUUAUUGAUAAAUUACAUUCAAAUGAUGAGAAAACAAUAGUUUGGAAAAUUUUGGAAGAAGCAGCAGAUGAUAAUUAUCUUCCAGUUGUUCAAUCCUUAUUUUCAGCUCAACGAGGAAGCUCUCGUUGGCCAUUAUCUCGAUUAAUAAAUUCUUCUGAAAACAUUUUUCAAACAUUUAUUAAUCGAAUUCAAUUCAGAAUAUUGAACCAUCCAACAUCAUUAGAAGCACGAUUAUGGGCUUGGUCAAAUAUUGAUUAUAUGCAUUGUGAUACACAAAAAUUAAUUGAAAAAAGUAAACAAUUAUGUAUUCAAUUUGAUAAAAAUGCAAAUAUCUUAUGGGAAAUAGCUUUUAAUCAAAUAAUUUCAUGUUAUAAACAGCAAAAAAUAUCAUCAUCAAGUGCAAUUGUUGAUAUUAUUAAAAACCUGAUGUCUCGUCGAGAAGAAAUUGAUUCAAAAGAAAAUGCUAUUGAUAAUCAACAUGAUUUACCAAUUUAUCAUCGUAUUCAUCGUAUUUUAACAAUUCUUAUUAAUCAUAUAAACCAAUUUGAUAAUGAGAAUAAAAACUCUUUUCGUUCUCUUGCACUCAUUAUACUUCAAUUUGAUAAAACAUUCGCACUUAUUAUUGGCACAUUACUAAUCAAAAUAGCUCAAAAUAGAGAUGAUAUUGAAUCAAUGUUAAUAUUACUUCAAGAAACUUUAUCUGAAAAUUAUUUUGAAAACGUUUUAAUACGUUUAGCAACAGUCAUCUCCAAUAAAUAUUCUUGUUCUUUUAUACAACAAUUAAAUGUUAAUGAAAAAUUUGAUUUAGCUCGAUGGUUUAUCAAAGAAAAAGAUCAAGGCUUAUUUGUUUUCGAUUUACUUAAAAAUCAUGUGUUUAAUCAAUCAGGUGUUGAUCGUGAACAAUGUCAAAAUCUUCUUCGACAAAUAAGACAAAGUGAAAAUUUAUAUUUAAGACAACGAGCUUUAGCAUAUACUGUACGUUGGAAGAGGAAGAAGGAGAGGAAUCAACGACAAUGUAAUCAAAUAAGGGUUCCGAAAUGUUCUUCUAAUCCGGACAUGUCUGAUAUUAACUUAUUCGAAAUUUUUGAUGUCGAAUAG